CCCCAUUAUGGGAUUAUCUCUUCUAUGCUGAUCUUUAGGCGUCAAGCAAAGUCCUUUUUCUUUUCCCAGGAUUUUGACUUCUGAUGAGAGUUUACCUUUUGCUGUGAUUGUUGUUCACACUGCUUUGUCCAACCGUGGAUAAAACUAAAAAACGUUUUAUCCACGGUUGUAGUGAUUAUUGUUGCUUAUGAGUACAUAUGAUUCUAUCGGCUUUUUCUCUUUUGUGAGUCAUCCCAGAAAUGUUUUAAUCAAUUUAAUAUGAGUUGCUAUACGGAUUGUUUCACAUGGGUAUAAUGCUGAUGUUUUUGGUAUGGAAUAUAGUUAAUUGACCUAUUGAUACGUUGUUUUAUCCCUGUUAAAUUUUGUGCGGAACUACUUUUUGGUGAACUGUCAGUGUUGUAUUGCAACUUAUUAAUGUCACCCUAUGACUCUGAGGUUAGAUGCUCUUGUAUCCAGUUGGUUUUCUUUUUAUUGGUUGAGCAAUGCACAAUGGACUGUGGAAAAUGCAGCACAUACAUCAAUUGACUGUGACUACUUUUAUCAUAAACAAAACUUGACCAGGUUGCCUUGCUCCCCUUAGGAGCUAAAUUCUCUCUCUUGGGUGUGUUUUCUUAAAGCACACACACAGAGAGAGAAAUCCCAGAGACAGUGUGAAAUGUUAUUUCUCCUCCAGGUCUCCUCCACCUCCCACUUCACUCCCCACUUUCUUUGGCUUGAUAUAGAGGGUGGGGGGAAGGGUGAGGGGUGGAGAUUUUCCAUCCAAGAGAACCUCAUUGGCAACAAUGCCAGUCUCAGGGCCAGCAAAACAAAAGGGAGGGCCAGCGGAGGAAUGCUGUCUGCAGUCUCCCGAGAGAGGCUUCCUUGCAUCUCCAGUUCUCUCCUUCUCCCCUGCAGAGGCCUGGAUGCAAGGAUGAAUGCAGAGAGUGAGGAAACCUUCUCCAGCAUGCUGCUGGAAGAUCUAAAGCAGAGGCUGCUCCAAGCCUUCCGGGGACAGGGCCCCGGAGGAGCCUCAAGCCCUCAGCUGCUCAGGCCUGCUGCAAGAGAGGGCAGAGGAAAGAGGACGGUGUCUGUCCAGGAGGAACUGCACAAAGCGUACCUAGAGGGGACCAUUGUCUGGCUCCGAGGAGAACUGCUGGAGAUGAAGUCCCAGAACCGCAAGCUUGCCCAAACCCUGCUGGAUUUAAGCACAGAAAUACAGAGGCUGAGACAUGAAGGUGACAUGUCAGCAGCUCUAGAAUCAAAGACACUGAGCAUUGCUGCAAGCCCAGAAUAAUAAACUGCAUUCCAAGGGAUAAAGUCUCUAGAUGUGACCUGUAUCCCCAUCAGUGAUUCGGAUAAAGCCUGAAGAUUAUGUUGCACAGUUGGGUCCUAUGUGGUAGCAGAAUAAAACUUGAAUAUUAAAGUAAACUCUGUUUUCUCAGGAGGGGCAAGCUUAUUUAUAUAUUAAAAUGAGAUGCCUCCCUUCGAGUCUCAGCCAAAGCAGAGACAAGGACAUAAGAACAUAAGAGAAGCCCACUGCAUUAGGCCAAGGCCUAGGGAUGUGUGAACCCGCUUGAAAUCAAAUGGCCCAUGUGCUUCUUUGCCGCCACAUGUGUGCAGAGGGCUGAAAUGAGCGAAAAUGGGGCAAAAUGGGCCUGGGAGACUUAGGGGAGGCCGGCGGGAGUAGGGGGAGCCACCACAGCCCCCUGUGGCCACUACAAUACCCUCCCCCCCACAUGGCAACAGCUGGCAGGAGUAAGUACUUCUAUUUUACUAACUAAUUGAAUCCAUGAAUUCCAGCUGGUCCCUGGUCUAAAGGGGGACAAACCCAAACUGGUCCGUUCUGGUCUGAUUUGAAUCUGGUUGGGAUUUGACCGGAACCAGAAAAAAACAGUUCUGUGCGCAUCCCUACCAAGACCCAUUUAGUCCAACAUCCUGCCUCAUGCAGUGGCCACUGAAGUGCAUUUGGGAAGCCCAAAAGCAGUGAAAAGAGGGCAACCACCCCUGGUGUUCAGGGGCUUGCCCCUCUGAUCCUGAUGGAAGUAUAUAGCUACCAAGGCUAGUAGCUGCUGAUAACUCUAUCCUCCAUGAAUAUGCCCAAUCCCCUUUUAAAACCGUCUAGAUUGGUGGCCAAGUGGCCACUAUGAGACACCUACAAAGUAUAUACAGUCUGCUUCAUUUUUUAAAAAACCAGCAGCCUCAUACUUAUAUAAUCAGUAAAAAGGCCACAAAUCAAGUCUUUAAAAGGAUGGAAAGACAACACGGAAGACACAGUUUGGUGGUCAUGUAUAUCAUCUGGAUCCUCUGUAAGAAUGGAGUGAAUGAUUGUUGCCAGACUCAGUUGAAGAGAACAGCGAAAAUGGAAGCUACCAAUGUCAGCUUCAUCGCUGUCACAUUCAGAAUCCACACACAGAAUCCUUCACUUCCGGCUUGCAUGUGUUGGAAGGUUUCAUGCUGCACAGUGAGAACUGAUCGUUGUACUCUGGAAUGUUUCAUUUUUAAAUUUCUUUUUAAUUAAAGAACAAGUUCCAAUAAUUUUCUGCAGCAGGGUCAAUUACAUGAAGACUCUGAAGAUACAGAAUGAAUUUCCAUAUGCUGGGGACAAAUUCAUGAAGAGAAACAAAUGCAUUUUUCCUAGCGUAUUAUGUACAUUAAAUAUGGAUGUUUUAAACAUG